AUGGCUCCGCAGCGGCGGCCGCUGCCCCGCGGCCCCGACAGCGCCGGGCCGGGACCGGGACCGGGCCGCGGGGGCCGCCGGCACAGCAGGUACCAGCGCGGGGCCUUGGCCGUCACCUCCUGCCCGCUGUCCCGGGGGCGGCGUGCCCGGGCCCGGCGGUGCUGCGACUCCCGGGGGAGCCCCGGUGGGGAGGCGGUCGCACAGCGCCGGACCAGGGCCCCGCGGGUCCGGGGCUCCCCGGUAUCGGCCAGGGCGGUCCCUGCCCGCUCUCACCGUCCCUCGCUCACGGGGCCCGCUCUGUGCUCCUUCCUCAGCGCCAGGAAGGGCAGAGUCCAGCAGGAUCCCCGGGGAAGGUGGCUGAAGGCAGCGAUCCUCCUCCUCCUCUCCGCCGCGGCCGGUGGCGGCCUCCUGGUCUGGAGCCGCCUCCGCACCCAGGAUGGGAUCCCCGAAGGUGGAAUCCCUGAAAAUGGGGUCCCCGAGGGUACAGUCCCUGAAGAUGGGGUCACCGAGGUGCUGGCACAUCGCAGCGACAACCUGCGGGACAAGUUCGUGGAGAUCCCCUGCUCCGAGGACUACGACAGCCACAAGCGAUUUGCAGGUUGCACUCCUAGGAAGUGUGGAAGAGGUGUGACAGAUGCUGUAAUCACAAGGGAAGAAGCUGAAAGAAUUCGUAGAAUAGCAGAGAGGGGACUGUCCUUGGGAGGAUCUGAUGGAGGGGCAUCAAUUUUGGACCUGCACUCUGGAGCUCUUUCCCUGGGGAAGCAUUUUGUUAAUCUGUACAGGUACUUUGGGGACAAAAUUCAAGACAUCUUCACAGAAGAGGAUUUUGCAUUAUACCGGGAUGUGAGGCAGAGGAUUCAGCAAAGGAUUGCUCAGGUGUUUGGUAUCAGCUCUUCUGCCAUGUACCUGACCAAGCCAACCUUCUUCUCCAGGAUGAACAGCACAGGAGCCAAGACAACACACGAUGAGUACUGGCACCCACACGUGGACAAGGUGACUUAUGGCUCAUUUGACUACACUUCUCUGCUCUAUCUCUCUGACUACUCCAAAGACUUCGGGGGUGGACGGUUCGUGUUCAUGGAUGCAGAUUCCAACAAGACAGUGGAGCCCCGGGCAGGCCGGGUGUCGUUUUUCACCUCGGGAUCAGAGAACCUGCACCGGGUGGAGAAGGUGCAGUGGGGCACUCGCUUUGCCAUCACCAUCUCCUUCAGCUGCGACCCCGAGCACGGCAUUGCAGACCCGCUCCUGGGCUGGCCCUGAUGGGCUGGGGGACACAAAACCCUGCAAGAGGAUAAGAG